UUUUUGUUAAACACUUUAACCCCCCCCCCCCCCCCCCCCCCCCAUCCCAUAGUACACAACAGACAACACAACACAACACAUACUCACUCACUUCACGCUCUUCUCUUCUCUAUCUCUCUCUCUCUCUCUUUGUUUUUCUGUUUCCCCAGAAAAAGUCAAACUCUCUCUCUCUCUCUCAACAUUUCUUCUCACAAGUAAUCCAUAAACCCUAAUGGGGAAGAACAAGAGACGCGACAGUGAUCACACUGCUUUAAAUCUUCCACCAGUAGCCGCUGAUCAAACCGGCGAAGGAUUACCUUACGCGCCGAUUAACUUUCCCGACCAAGGCGACGUUUGGGGUUGGAAAACCGGUAAACGACUUCAAUCCAACGGUUGUUUUCAAGAUCGGUAUCUUUUCUCACCGGUUCGAUUCAAACCUGGAUCCAAACGUAAACAUCGACACACUUUCGCUAGCAAACUCUCUGUUGAACGUUACAUCAAGUCCACUUUUCCCGAUGCUGAUGUUGAUAAGUUCUUUGCUUCGUUUACAUGGAGAAUUCCUGCAGCUGAAGCUCCGAACAACGGAGACAAUGUGAUGCCGAUAUCUGCUGUACCUCUUCAUGCUGUACCGCUUCAACAGAUACCACAGGUAGUGGAACCGGACUAUGUGGAACCGGACUAUGACGACAACAGUAAGAUUGGUGUUGUUUGGUGCAAAGCUAGGAAUAAAAUGUGUGACAGCCUGAAGUUUAAUGUAAUGGAAAAGUAUUUACCGGCCAUGCCUUGUGAUGUAUGUUGUUCGGAGUCUGAGUUUUGCCGGGAUUGUUCCUGCAUUCUGUGUAGCAAAACUGUUAGUUUUGAUCAUGGCGGCUACAGUUAUAUUAAGUGCUUAGUAAAUGGUGGUGAUGGAAUAUGUGGCCAUGUUGCUCAUUUGGAAUGUGCGCUUCGAUCUCAAUUGGCUGGCACAGUUGCAAAAAGUAUUGGAUUAGAUGUUGAGUACCAUUGUCGGCGAUGUGAUGGGAGGACGAAUCUUCUUUCCCAUGUUGAAACACUUUAUCAAUCGUGUAAGUCUGUUGAUUUGGAUGAUGAAAUUAAGAAGAAGAUUUUAGACCUUGGUGCUUGCAUCUUGCGUGGUUCAAAGAUACCCGUUGCGAAAGAGCUGCUGAAUUGUGUUGAAUUGGCCAUUUCAAAGCUUAAAUGUGUGGCCAAUAAUGAAGAUAUCAAGAACGGGGGUGACAAUCUUAUGGCUCAUUCUGAAGGCUUACCAGAUCAUGGCACUGAUCCGAUGGAAGUAACAAUGAAUGGAAGCCCUUUCAAUCAGGCUUAUCAUUCCCAAAUAUUGAAUAUUGAGGCUGAGGUGGGUGACAUUCUGGUGGCUCUUAGAAAGUCGCAAGAGCUUGAAUAUAAGGUGGCGGAAGAAAGGCUCCAUGAACAAAAGAGAUAUAUUCAGAAUUUAUAUGAGCGACUACAAUCUGAAGUGACUGAGCUGGAAUCCCCUAACUUAACUCACUCAGAGCCCUUGUUUCGUGCUAUCGGGGAAAGGAAGGAACAAAUAAAACGAGAAUUAGAGAAAUUUAAAGAGAUGAAAUUGGUGGCAAGUGGUUUUGGUAGGAUUUCAAGAGAUAUUUUAAAGGAACACUUUGCUUACAAGUAAUAGAUUAGGACUCACUUUGGAUUAGCUUAAUCUUUGUAGAAAUUUUUGAAUAAUCUAGUUAUAUGAUUGUCCGGUUACUGUAGUUUUUUUUUUUUUUUU